AUGCCGUUCCAGGCCUGCACAAGGCGCUCGACGGUGCUCUUGGCCGCGCUUUCGCUGGUCGUGGCCUCUUCCUUGCAUGGAGCCUCAGGCCACUUUGCUCUGCGGGAAGCCGCGGAUGACGACGAUGUCGACUACAGCCGCCGACUGAGCGGAGGUGGCGAGGACAAGAGCAAAACCAUCCCGUUCAACUCGUGGAGCAGUGCCAUCGACACCCUCCAGUAUGUUCUCGCCUUUGUUGUCGUGCUCGUGGCCGCCCACCCGCUCGGACUCUUUUUCCCUAAAUUAUUCAAGCUGCCGCUCAUCACGGGAUACCUGGUGAUUGGCAUUAUUGCCGGACCUUUUGUCUCGAAUCUUUUGUCAGAGGGGCUCGUCACCAUGUUGUCGAGCUACGUGAGUGCGCUGGCGCUAUCGUUCAUCUCGUUCCAGGCCGGUCAGGAGAUCUACCUGCCGGAAUUGCGACCGCAACUCAAGUCCAUCAUGAUUCUGCUGGGCGCUCUCUACGUGACGGCUAUGAUCAUCCUAACCUCUGCAAUUCUGGUGGCGGAGAGCGCCUUCUUCUACGAUGACAUGGGAUUCCUAUGCCAGUUGGGUAUCGCGCUCAUGUUCGGGUCCAUCUCGGUACUCGGCUCACCUGCGACCGUGAUGGCCAUCAAGAUCGAGCUCAACAGUGUGGGUCCGUUCACGAGUCUGAUGCUUGGCGCGACGAUGACGGCGGAGUUCGUGGUGCUGGUGUCGUUCUCGAUCUCGCGUAUCGUGUGCUCCAUCUACUGCGCCAAGCUGGACGUGUCGAUGCUGAACUUGAUGUACACGAUGAGCAUUGUGGGGGCCAACAUCCUGGUCGGCGGUUUCCUGGCCGGCGUGAUUAUCCUGAUUUUCAAGAUACCCGGAGGAGAGCAGCACCACGACGAGCACCAUGGCGCCGACCACGGCGAGGCAAGACCCGGCUCGACCUACUACGACCAGAAGACUGGGGACAAGAUUUCCACCACGAACCCGGAUAUGACGCCGCACCCUCACAACGGCGCGGACGAGUGCUCUGUGGACGAGCUGCAGCACGAACCUGCUGGCAUGCUGUCGCCCAAGGCCGUGUUGUCUCUCAAGGGCUUCAUCUGGCUGUCGAUGGGCUACGUGUUCUACAUUUCGACCUCUCUCCUCGCUGAGGCGACCGCUGCAGCUUACGGUCUAUCGUGGGAGAUCAAGCUUGAGCCGCUUCUUGUGCUCAUGAUUGCGUCCUGCAUUGCCGGGCACAAAACUGAAAUUCGCCACGACAUGCACGUGAUCCUCGACACGGUGGCGCCGUACAUGUUCCUGCCGUUCUUCGUCAUGACCGGAGCUGCUCUGAAGUUGGACCAAGUGCUGGCUGCCAUCCCCUUGAUGAGUCUGUACGUUGUUCUGCGCUACGUGGCGAUCUUCAUCGCCUGCUACUUCGGUGGACGCUUCCUGCUCAAGCUUACCCCGAUGCAGUACAACAACUUGUGGCUGACCAUGACGCCGCAGGCUGGUGUGGCCUUGGGGUUGGCCAACGAGGUGAAGGCGAUGAGCGAUGAAUCGUGGGCCGCCGAGUUCUCAGCGACGAUCGUGGCCGCCGUGGUGGUGAACCAGAUCGUUGGUCCUGUGCUGUGUGCGAUGGGCUUGAGUCGAGCGGGUGAAACGCUGGCAGACCGUAUGAUGUUCGAGGUUAGCCGUCGGGCGUCGAGUCCGGCUGUCACGCUCGGCAACGGAGAUCCGCGGUCGCUACUGCCGUUCUACAAGGUGCAGAACGCUGUCGUCAUUGGUGAUGAUGAAGUUGCCUUCGAGGUCGCACUGGAGCUGUCGCUCUACGGAGCCCAGGUGAAUGUUCCUCUGCUGGAUGAGGAGCGCACCAGCAAGUGGAAGAAGAUGAACGAGACCAUCCUCUCGCGCACUGCUAAGGGCGACCUCAUCUCGUACAAGAAUACCCUCAAGGACCGCGACAACGCGCAGGCCAUGUCGUCGGCGGACGUCCUCAUCUUCACGGGUGACGCCAGCCGCACCCGCGAGAACGUGCAUCUGCUCAAGUCUUUGCUCGGUGCCUCACACCCGCGUAUGAUCGCGCUUGUCCCGGACUGCAAGUUCAGCAAGGAGAUGAAGGCCCAGGGAGUGCUGGUUAUCCAGCCGUCGAUAGCCCUGGCCAAUAUCGCAACGCGUAUGGCUCUGCUGGAUCAGAAGCUGGCGCAGGCCUUGUCCAACGAGAUCAGUACGACGAGCGACUUCAACACGGCGUCGUACUUCUUGCGCGCUGACGGUGGAGAGCGUGGCUCGUUGUCGGACAUGCGUCUGGAGGGCCGUCGCUUGGCGCUUGGCCGCAACGUGGUAAACCACCACUCGGUUGACUACGAUCGUCUCGCGGACGCGCUGCACUCGGAGAACCUGCCGAUGCCUCCUCCGCCGUCGCGUGUGGCCAUGUUCGGUACUUCAUCUGCUGCUGGCUUCGACCCUUUCCAACGGGAACGAGCUGGCUCCGAGUUCUUUGUCAUGCACGACGAGGAGGAAGGUGAGGAGCUCAUUCUGGAUGCCCAGCACGGACCGUACUCUACGCGUGGAAACUCGAGACUGAGUCUGCAGCGAUCAUCGAUUCAAUUCGGGGCCAGUCGCGUCCAACAGCGCGGUGGCGCUGGAGGAGGCCGGGGAAGACGCACCCCAGGUCGCAAGCCCGGGUUCUAG